CUAAUAAUGAUAGAUACAGGCUUUUCAACCUUUUUUCCGACAUUUUUUUUUUCAGGCAAAAAUGAUUCGACUCGCGAGCUUCCUUAUAACGGCCGCUUUGGUGGUCGGCCUCCCCCCGCCCGACGCGAACGUCAACAUCGCGUGGCCCGGAGACGUUCACGUGAAAGCCCAGGGGAAAACCCUCCUCGUCCUCCUCGGCGAAGACAAUGAGAACAUCAAAGUGAACAUCAACGCCACCCUCAUUGAUGGCGACAGCGGCCUCGUCCCAGCCACGCCCGCGCCCACGGUGGCUCCCCCCCCUCAGCCCGUGCCCGUCAUCUCGGAGAAGAACUGCCUCGACCUCAAGAACAACAAUUACCUGUCGAGCGGCAUCUACGUGGUGGCGCCCUACGACUGCUGCCCCGACAAGCUCGUCAGCGUCUACUGCGACAUGGACACGGACGACGGCGGCUGGACGGUGAUCCAGCGGCGCGACCAGUUCGACACGCAGCUCAGCUUCUUCAGGGGCUGGGACGACUACGUCUCGGGAUUCGGCAAACUCCGCAAGGAGUUCUGGCUCGGCCUCGACAACAUUCACGCCUUCACGAACCAGACCAACUACGAGAUUCGCUUCGACCUGGCCGACUUCGAGGGCAAGAGUCGCUGGGCGAAGUACAGUCAAUUCCUGGUCAAGUCGAAGGCGUCCAAUUACGAGCUGAGGAUAAGCGGCUACUCGGGCAACGCCGGCGACGCCAUGAGCUACCACAACGGCAUGGUCUUCACCACCAAGGACAGUCCCGUCCACAGCGUGUGUCCGGAGAGACACCAGGGGGCUUGGUGGUAUAAUGACUGUUUACACUCCAACCUGAACGGACAGUACCUGGCCGGCCCUCAUAACACCCUGGGCAUCGGAGUCAACUGGUACGAGUGGAGGCGACUCAGGUACUCCCUCAAAUUAUCCGAGAUGAAAAUCAGACCAAAACAGUAAAUCCAAAUGAAGAAGAGGAAAGAGAAGGAAAAAUCUGAACCACUGAUCACCGAGCAAACAAGAGAAAUAGGGAAUUCAGAUCAUUCAGAAAAGAAAUGCGAUCAGUGAGUGGAAAUAGUUUCGGGAUUGAUAUGUUACAACGGAAGUAGUUAGGGGGUCGUUAUGUUAUGACUGUUCUGUUGCAGAGCUUGAUCAAAUAAAUGAUAAAAAAAAAAAAAAAAUAUCGUAAAAUAUCGAGAGCUAUACGAGUAAAAUAUUACGACCCCAAUGUUUAAUAUUUAUGGAGAAUCAAUCAUGCAUAUUUUUUCUCUAACUGCAUAAUAAUAUCAUAAAGGAAUACCAUUAAUCCGGCAGUGAAUAAAAGUUAUUGAACAUUACUCUCCCACUAAAUGAUAUCAGUAGCAAUGUUAUUUAGAAAUGUUACUCCGUUACUGUUACUGAUGAUGGUCGCAACACAGAAUUCGAUAUAAUGACGAAAUGUCGAAGUCCAUGUAUUUUAGAAAAUAAUGAUUCCUUCGGGAAUGUAGAUGAUUAAUUUGAUUUUGAUCCUUUUCGUGUAUCAAGCCAUUUACUCGUAAUUUGGCUGUUCCCUUAUACAUGUGAUUAAAGUAUAAGCAAUUUAUGACGAGUCUUUAUAUCAAUAAAACCUUGAAACACA